AUGAGUGACGAAGCAUACCAGCAUGACCAUACAGUAAAUCCUCACCAGAAGGUGGCUGUAAACAGCUACGAUUGGUUACAGUAUCGUGAUGAGCAAGAUCACUUUAAAAGCAAAAACCCGAUAACGCACAUGUCUCCGGAGAUCAGCUUAAAUACACACAAUUCAGAGAUAGCGGCAGUUCCUCAGGCGUUCAGUCCUUCCUAUCAAUCUCUGGCUAACGUGCUGUCCGAAAGCCCGCGACCUGACCAGGCUUCAGGGUCCAAUCCUGCCGUUGGGUUGCUUCACAAUGCAGAAGACAAAGCGUCAAGACAGGAAGAUGACGGAAGUCGAUAUGAGAUUCAAUAUUCGGUAUUCCGUCCCUUGCAUGCCUAUCCAACCAAGGACUUGGCGUAUGAACAACUCCGAAAAAGGGAAGAACAGGAACAGAGAGAACACUUCGAACAUUUGGUUUCUGACUGUAUUGAGGCCGUGGAGACAUUUGGACGAGAACUGGAGAGGAUCCAAGCUGGCUCGAGUGGGUCGUAUUUUGUGUAUGGAACACAGGCCAACGAAAGCGUACCGGUGGGAGUCUUCAAGCCGAAGGAUGAGGAACCAUAUGGUCCAUUUUCUCCGAAAUGGACUAAAUGGGCUCACCGCACAUUUUUCCCAUGUCUGUUUGGCAGGAGCUGUUUGAUUCCAAACCUCGGGUACAUCUGUGAAAGUGCGGCCAGUUUGCUGGAUAGGCGACUGGAAACGCAUCUUGUGCCCUAUACAGAUACUGCAUCUAUAGAGUCUUUUAACUUUUAUGAUAAUAGAAAAAAAUGGGUGUUAGGAUACAACUUUCAGAAGAAGAAACAAAAGAAGCUAGGUUCGUUUCAACUUUUUUUGAAGGAGUACAUUAAUGCUGAUGAGUUCUUUCAUAAGUACCCAUUACCGGGGAUGUAUUCAGAUGUUAAACAUCCGUUCCACCGUAAACCAUCCGGUGAAGAUAUCAAUCAUAAACCAGAGGCACCCAAGAACUUAAUAGAAGAGAUAGAGCAGCCCAAGCAAAUAAAUUCCUCUCCAAUUUCGACGGAAUCUGAAGAAAAUAUGGAAUUUGAAUGGACAGAAUCCAUUUUAAGUCAGUUCAGAUUGGAACUAGAAAAACUUAUCAUUCUCGACUAUAUAAUGAGAAACACAGAUAGAGGUCUAGACAAUUGGAUGGUAAAACUAAUCAAACUUCCAAAUAAUGGGUGGAAGCUCAAGCUGGCCGCUAUCGACAAUGGCUUGUCCUUUCCCUGGAAGCAUCCAGAUGAGUGGCGUCUGUACCCGUAUGGAUGGUUGUAUUUGCCUUUGCAACUACUGGCCAAACCAUUUUCUGAGCAAAUGAGAUCUCAUUUCCUGCCGAUAUUGACAAGCACCAAAUGGUGGGAAGAAUCAUACCAAGAAUUCUUGACCCUUUUUAGCAGAGACCAAGAUUUUAACGUCCGAAUGUGGAAAAAGCAAUGGGCAGUGUUAAAAGGACAAGCGUUCAACGUUGUCGAAACUUUAAAAGACCCGCGACAAGGCCCAUUGGAGCUGGUUAGAAGAACAAGAUGCCAGGUAAUAGAUGAGAAGAUGCAAGUUCCCUGCUGCCCACCUCCAGUCUCUAUCUUCAAAAACGCCAUAGACGAACCUAUUGGAUUAUAUUCCACUUCACCGAUGGUACUCCCCAGCACACCAAGCACGAUUCCAUUUCAUGCACAUAGUCGAAAUGAUAGUAAUCCUGUAUACUAUGAUUCCACUCUGCACCCGUUUGCUAAUAAAACAGUGAUAGCAGAGCGGCUACAAAUAGUCAAUUCUACUCCCGUGUUCACUUGGUGCUGA